AUGAGGGCUGACGACCGGUGCGCGGGCCGGACUCCCUCGCACUGCGCCGCGGCGCGCGCCGUGCCAACCUUGAACUUGACGCGGGGAUUGAGGAGGCGCGCGGGAAGGGGCGCCGUCAAUAAACUCAGCGCCCCUGUGCCCGCGCGCUACCUCCCGCCACUCGCCCUGAUAGCACCGCUCCGGUGCUUGCGCCACCUACCGUUCGAGCCUUGCCGAUUUGACGUGACAUGGAAAUAUUACGGUCGCUUUCCAAAUUUAUACGUGCGUAAUAAAAGUUCGAAAACAAACGAUAAGUUUUACAUGUGA